UGCAGUUGUAGUUGCAACAACAUUAAGACUUACAAGUUUAUUUGCAAAAUGGGUAACUUAAAGGUCAUCGCUAUUCUGUGUGUUAUUUUGGUAAUAGCAAAUGUCAAUGCAGCUCCAAGGGCAGAAAUGGGUAAUGGAUGUCUUUGUCCAAAUACGAUGGAAUUACUACCAGUCUGUGCAUCAAAUGGACGUACUUAUCCUAAUGCAGGUGCCGUUCGCUGCGAAAAUAAAUGCAAAAGAUUGAAUCUUCGAAUUGUUCACAAUGGAAAAUGUUGAAAACGGUCUCCUUAUUAGUAAAGAGCUGUGGCCUCAUAUAAGAAAAAUAUUUUCAUGUAUUAUCAAAUAUUUAAAAAUUAAAAAUAAAUAAACUUUUAAUUU